CAACCCCACCUCCUCUAUGGCGUUCAGGCACCUGGCCUCAGCCCAAAAUGGAUUAUUUUAAGAAGAAUGGGCCAUGUCUCUGCUGGUUGUCCAAGCAGGAAGAGAUGCUGACAUGGGUCUCAGGAAGCCAAGAAAUGUGUAGGGCCAGGAGGACGCUUCUCUCCCAUUGAUGAUGAACAGAUCACUGUAGGACGUGCGGGGGACCGCAUGUGACAUACCAUGCAGAACACUGCAUCAGAGCCACUUGUCCUGUCUUUGGCAUCUCGUGGGGGACACAGUGCAAGGCCAGGCACAGACAGAACUUAGGGGACAGUGAGUGAAAACUGAGUGGGAAAAGCUUUGGUGAGGAACUACAACGGGGCUGUGUGUGCUUCUCUGUGUGUGCCACUCUAUCAGGGACAGCAUGGUGCCACCCCCCUGGGACCAAAUUGGACACAUGAGCAGGUGACCACACGGCAUCCUGUCCCCAAGGGGAACUGACAGCAGCUCUUCAGCCACUUCUUGUUCCCACUGCAGUCUCACUGUCCCCAAGCUGCUCCUGCCUCAUGGCACCAAUGGCGCUGACCCUCAUCCUGGGUUGGUGUCUGGUGGCAGCAAACAGGGCACAGCAGCUGCCCCGACCCUCCCUGUCACUGCACCCAAGCCAGGGGGUGUCCCUGGGGAACAAUGUCACCCUGCGCUGCCACCUGCCCCAGCCGGCUGCCUGGGUCCAGCUCUCUGAGGAUGAAGCUAUGACCAUCUGCAGAAGCAAGCUUGAGGUGCAGGACACAGCCGAGUUUUCCAUUAUUAGUGCAGAGCGGAAGCAUGCAACAACUUAUCGCUGCCUGUACUGGGUGCUGGGUCCCCUGGGGACAUCAGAGCAGAGUGACCCCGUGGAGCUGGUGGUGACAGGUGAGAGCCCUGGGGAAAGCAGGUGGCCAAGGGCUGUCCCCACUGGGCCGUGUCUCAUCACUGCUUCCACUCUGCACUCAGAUCACAGUUUACCCCCACCCGGCAUUUCUCUGAGCCCUGAGGAACGCGUGCAGAUAGGGACCAAUGUCACCAUCCGCUGCUGGAACCAGGAUUCUGGGGUCAUCUUCCUCCUGCACAAGGACGGGUGCUCAGCCCCCAUCCAGCGCCAGGACUCUGAUGGUCUGGGCAUGGCCUCCUUCACUCUCUUUCAGGUCACCGCAUCCGAUGCUGGCACCUAUAGGUGCUCCUAUCGCCCCAAGGAUGAUCCCUUGGUGUCCUCUCCCCUCGGGGACAGUGUGACCCUGGAGGUGACACCCACCCCUGCACCCCCAGGGAGGUGGUGGCCAGGGAUGGGGACCUUCAAGCCACCGCAUCCCCCAGGAGCUGACGGGGGAUCCCAUGGGAACCUGGUGGUGCCGGUGGUGAGGUGCUGCGUUGCUGCCCUCAUCUUCAUUGUCGGUCUCUUGUUCAUCCUCGAUGCCCGAAGCCUCCAGAUACAGAGAGAUCAAGCCCAGGUGGGGAAAGGGUUUCAGAUCUUUUAUCCCUUAGAGAUCCCCCAGACAGCACCCUCCCUGCCCGUCAUUCCCAAUAGACCCCCAGAAAAUCCAGCCUGAGUCCCCUGCCUCCCAUUCUGUGCUGAUUUCUGCAUCAGUCGUUGCCUGCUGAGCAAUUGUGUUGUGCAUCACUUAAAACCUGCACCAUAGCUCCAUCCCCAACCCAAGCGUCUUGGGGACCCACAUGAUGGACCCCUAAAAUGCCGGGUUUUUGGAAUGCACUGAGGCUAAAAGACCCCAAAUUCAUUCCUGAGUGCUCCCUGAUGACCUGUUCCCAUCUCUCCUGUUACUACCCUCCCCCUCACCCCCCCUAAUCUAACACCCCCAACUCCUCUGUGGGGCACCCCUAAUGCUUUCCAGCCACACCCAAUCCCUAAGUGCUCCUAUCUAACCUUAUCAGCUCCACAUCACUUCACAGCCCUUGAGAUCCACAAACCCUUUGCAAUCCACCUCAAAACCACAGCACCAGCCCAGUGGGACCCCCACACCUGACCCAACCCA